UGAUGGCGGCACUUCUAAAAUGUUCGCACAUUUUUCGGAAUAUUCGACAAAUAUACUCCCUACCAAAGCAUUCAGUUUUGUUCAUCUUGCUCGAGACAAAACUCCCAUAUAUAUCCAUAUGUCAACAUUCAACCUUCUCCAAACGUUCACACACCUGUGGUGAACUGAGUUUGAAUGAUGUCGGAAAGGAAGUUACCCUAUAUGGCUGGGUUAAGUUCAAGAGGAUGGACACAUUUAUCAUACUGCGUGAUGCCUAUGGAAUCACGCAGCUUGUACUACCUAAAGAUCAAGGCGACCCACUUCACAGGUUAUUGUCCAUCCAGCAAUAUGAGAACGUCUUGGAGGUGAAAGGAACAGUACAAGCCAGACCACCAGGUCAAGAAAAUAAGAAACUACAAACUGGAGAGAUUGAAAUUAUAGUCAAAAAUGCCAAGGUGCUAAAUGAGCGAAAACGAGAUCUGCCUUUUGAGAUAAAAGAAUUCCAUAAGGUGAAGGAGCCCCUAAGACUUGAGUAUCGCUUCCUCGACCUACGUCAGAGCCAGAUGCAGGCCAAUCUUCGGUUACGCUCACAGAUGAUGAUGAAGAUUAGAGAAUUUUUGUGUAACCAACAUGGGUUUGUUGAUGUGGAAACUCCUACUUUAUUCCGACGAACUCCGGGGGGUGCUAGAGAAUUUGUUGUGCCUUCCAAACAUCCGGGCAAAUUCUACUGCCUGCCUCAAAGUCCUCAGCAAUUCAAACAGUUGCUGAUGGCAGGUGGAAUAGAUCGGUACAUGCAGAUUGCAAGAUGUUAUAGGGAUGAGUCUCACAGACCUGAUAGGCAACCAGAAUUUACACAGCUGGAUAUUGAGAUGUCAUUUGUGAGCCAGGAGGAUAUACAGAGACUGAUGGAAGAGUUGAUUGGGUUUUGUUGGCCGGAAACCAGGCGAAAACCAAGAAUUCCUUUCGCCAAGAUGACAUAUCAUGAUGCUAUGAAAUAUUAUGGGAUUGAUAAGCCAGAUACGAGAUUUGAAAUAAAGCUCUGUAAUAUCACUUCAACAAUAAAACAUUCUGGAUUGAGUGUAUUUGAGGAUUUGUUAAAGGAUGAGAAUGCUACUGUCCAGGCCAUCAACAUCAAGGAAGGGAAUAAAUAUUUCAAAAAGAAGGAUAUAACAGAACUCAGUGAUGUCUAUACGCAAGCCACAAUAGACGUAAAUGGUUCAGGACCUAUAGAAAAGGUACCAACGAGCGUUAUCCGAGUGAAGGAAGAUGGCAACUGGCAGGGCCCGAUAACCAAACACAUGUCCAAAGAGACGAUUGGAGAAUUGAAGGACGUCUUACAGAUUGAGCCACAUGAUGUCAUAGUCUUCGCAGCUGGCAAAACAAAUGAAACUUGCAAAGUAAUGGGCAAGAUUCGACUAAAGGCUGCUGACCUUUUGGAAGAGAAAGGCCUCACCCUCCGAGAUCCUACUGCCGAUAACUUCCUGUGGGUCCAAGGUUUCCCAUUGUUCCUGCCGAGGGAGGAUGGUCAAGAGGGCCUGGAAUCAGUUCAUCACCCAUUCACUGCUGCUCAUCCCGAUGAUGCUCAUCUCUUGAAGACACAACCAGAAAAGAUUCGCAGCCAGCAUUAUGAUCUUGUCUUGAAUGGCCAGGAGAUAGGAGGUGGUAGUAUACGAAUCCACGACUCUGAAUUACAGAAGUAUGUCCUCGAGGAAGUUCUUAAGGAGGAUUCAAGUCAGUUGAGUCACUUGCUAGAAGCUCUGGAGUUUGGCUGCCCUCCUCAUGGCGGAAUAGCUCUAGGUCUGGAUCGUCUCUUUGCGAUAGUUUGUGGUGCCAAGAGUAUACGAGACGUGAUCGCAUUCCCCAAGUCCCUGGACGGCAAGGACCUGCUGAGCAAAGCCCCAACAAGUAUAUCACAGGACGAAAUGGACUAUUAUCAUAUCGCUUCAAAGGAUUGAGAUCAGUGAUUCGACACCAUGGCAAAUUGUCAAUAAACGGUUAGGCUACUAGAUAUGAACAGAGCAAGAGACAAACUCUGCAGUGUGCAGGCUAAAAUGACAUGAAAUUGUUGAAAGGGAGGAUUAUAACAAUCUUGAUUAAAAAUAACUAAUAUUUGUACUUUAUUGUUAUUUGUCUUCAUCAGAAUGUUCGACGAAAAGACAUUUUGCUCCUGUAAAUGUAACCGUUACUGAUCACUGUAUUCUGGUUGUGACUUUGUCUCGAGAAAACCACUUUGAGACAAAUGGAAAUAUUAAAUAAUCCGCGCUUCAAAAG